GACUAAAAGAAGAAGAAAUGGGAGAACUAGCGCCCCUCGUGGCUGUAACACGAAGGCCCUUCAUGCGUUAUUACGCACGCACACACACAACCGUUUUGGUGUGGAUGUAUCGGGUCCCUGGAUGCGUAUUGACGUGUAAUUAUCCAGAGGCCUAUGCGCAGCCGACCAAUCAGGUGGCGGAGGAGAGGCUGUGCCUGCCGGCCGGCACACACCGGGAACGACGCCAACCCCCGUGGCGGUGACAGCGCCACAGCGACUGGACCAGGUCCCGACUUCACCACCUCGUCCGUGCAGAGCAAGAUGGCUGAUGCGGAGGUGGCAAAAAAAAUGCUGCGGGGCAUCCUGCAGUCCAACAAAGGUGGAGUGUCAUUGUCACACCUGCAGUCAGAGUAUAAGGAGCUGACUGGGGAGCACAUACCACAUAAGCAGAUGGGACACAGCAACCUGGAUGCUCUUCUAGCCAGCAUGCCAUCUUUAGUCCGCAUGGAGCGCAGCCGCUUGGGAGAGGUGGUUUGUACUAAGGAUAUCUCACACACUCAGACAAGCAGCUCCACGGUAUUCAGGGCUGCACGCGAGCAUCAGCACGGUCUGAAGCAGCUGAGAGUCAGCUGCAAGCGAGGAGACGCUGAUUCACAAAUCAAGCUCUCUCUUCCCCACGCACAUGCACCCUCUCCUUCUCUCCUCCCCGCUUGGGUUAUUAUUAUUCAGGCAGAGACAGACCAGGGACUGUGUGUCCAUGCCGCCAAACCUCAAAACUCUCUGAGGCAACCGAACCACCGUGGCCGAGGUGGGGGUAGAGGAGGAGGCCCUGGCCGUGGGGCUGGACAUGGAGACUUCAGACAGGCAAGAGACUUAAGGGAUGGCCCAUCAGAGGGCAAGACUGGGGGGCAUCCGAACAAGAUGUCCAGUCAGAACACAUCCAACAGGAAAGGAAACCAACCUCCAGACAAGAUGGCCCAAGAGUCAGACGUUCUAAACAAAGAAGGAAGAAACAGGAGGAUGACCCUACCAUCACGGUUUCAGAAAGAGGUGCACGCUCACCUUUCCAGAAACUCCCAGCAGACCGCUCCACCCUCAAACUUAAAUGAGAGCUUUGGUUCUGGGAAAGCAAAGCCCUACAACCCCCAACUGGUCCAAGGUCACAUCAGAGAGAUCUUGGCGAAGUACAGUAAUGGCUUCUGGGUGUCCAAACUGCCUCAGAUGUACAGAGAGCUUUACAAACAAGACCUGCCCACAGAGGCCAUUAAAGACCUGGAGACCUGGACGCACAUUUGCAUAGUAGAGAAAACCUGCAGCAGCAACCCAUCAGAGCGGCUUCUCUACCCUGCCAAGGAACAGACAAACACUUCCUCCUCCUCUUCGCCCAUCCUCACCCACCCAAACUCUGCUACAACCACAAACGUGCCCGCAGACAAACCUUUCCAAUCCUCUGUCCAACAGAGAGCCCCCAGCACUCGUCCGACUCGCUCUGGCUCUCGGUCUUCUCAGUCUCCACCUUCAUCCUCCUCUUCACCCAGCCCUCCCUCGUCCCCUGCAACCCUCAGCCCUGACCUGAAGCAGAAGCUGGAGGAACUGUUAGUGAAGUACUCCAGUGGCCUGUGGGCCCAUGCGCUACCCAAGCUCUUCCAGGACACCUACAAAACCAAACUGCCAGGACAUGUUCUGGUCAACCUCGAUCUCCUCUCUGACAUCUGCACCAUCGACUACCCGAUGCCUGACAACCCCAAGAGGGCCAUCCUGUACAGGCGAAGCAGUACUGGAGGUGGAGGAGGAGAGGACGAGAACUGCAACAGGAGGAACUCUUCAGCCAGUGAGGAGGAGCUGAGGGUGAGGAAGGAGCUGGGGAGGAGGCUCAGUAACCAGGCAGUGCCUCCACUACAGAUCCCCAAAGAGGAGUACCCCUCUGUGCUGGUGGUGGAGGCGACCAACACGAACGGGGUUUUACUCAGGUACAUCGGUGAGGGUUACUCCCAGGCUCAGGAGUCCAUGGAAGAUGAAAUGAGAGAGUUUUAUGGUUUGGACCAAAGCAGCCCAACACCUGUAUCAUCCCUGUCCUCGGGCCAGCUUGUUGCAGUCAGGGCGGAGGAAGAGGAGGAGGUUCUGAGGGCACAAGUCUGUGAGGUCAUGACUGACAAGGUCAAGGUGUAUUAUGUGGAUCAUGGCUUCUCAGAGGUGAUCAGCAAAAACAAAGUGUUUGAACUGCAUGAGAAGUUCUUUAAACUGUCUUUCCAGGCAGCCAAGUGUAAACUGGCAGGCCUUGAGCCAUUCUGUCAGGACCUGGCGGUGCUGAAGAAGUUUGAGACGAUGGCGAGUGGAAAGAUUCUCUUGGCCGAGAUCCUGGAGAGAGGGCAGACCCCUCUGGUUGUCCUGUACGACACGUCGCAGGAUGAUGACAUAAACAUCAACGCUGCCUGCAUGAAAGCUCUGCACGACAAGUCGCUAGCGAGUCCGUUACAGGUGAACAGCGCUUAUAUGAAUGUGGCCAUCAGUAGCGUUUGUUCUGAUGGGACUAUCUACUGUCAGCCUCCCUCCAGAGGUCUUACCAAAAUGAAUGAGACGCUGGAGAAAAUAGAGACGUACUUCCACUCACAGGUAACAUCAGAGUUCCUGGUCUCCCGACCUUUUUGUGGGAAAAGAUGUUUGGCUCGCUACAAAGGAAAAUGGUCCCGUGUCGAGAUCACCAACCUUCAUGGCAGCAGAGUGUUGGACAUCCUGUUCAUUGAUGUGGGCGUGCAGGCUUCUGUCGAGGUGUUUGAGCUGAGGGAGAUUCCUCCCCCAUUCCUCCGUGACCUUAUGGCUAUCCCACCACAGGCUGUGAAGUGCUGUCUAGCAGACCUGGCUGUCAGUGUUGGAUCCUGGACUCCAGAUGCUGUACAGUGGCUUCGAGACAAAGUGUUGAACACCACUGACUGUAGUAUGAAGGUUGCCAAAGUGGAUGAAAAGAAGCGCUGCAUUCACGUCCACUUAUUCACAGACAAGAACUUCCAUGACCCGGACCGCAGCCUUAACCGUCAGAUGGCCCAGUCCGAGCUGUUAAAGCAGCAACCAGACGUCUUCCUGACCAGCCACAGCUCUGCCAGGAUUUCCACACCUACUUCAUCCACCAAGACCUCCAGUGCCAGUAACUCCACCAAUGGCAGCCCAACAUCAGCUAAUGUCCCAGUCAAGCCUCACCUCAGGAGGGCUCUGUCGGGACCCAAAGGCAGUGGAGGCGGUGGAAACACCACCACCACCCCCAGCAGCCCGACAGAAACACCAUCAUCCCCCACAUCCUCUCUCCAGCUGCCAGCAUCAUUAGAGCUGCCCACUAUAGGAAACAACAUGGAUGUAUACGUAUCUUUGGCGUGCCACCCCGGCCACUUUGUGCUACAGCCAUGGGGAGACAUGUACAGACUGGUAGUGCUGAUGGGAGAGAUGAUUCUCUACUACAACAAAACAGAGGAGAAACCACUAAACGUAGAGAAGAAUCAGAUUUAUGCUGCUAAAGUGGAAAACAGCUGGCAUCGUGUGCUGGUGAAGGGAGUUCUGAACAGCGGCUUGGUGUCUGUUUAUGAGUUGGACUAUGGUAAGCACGAGCUGGUCAGCUGCACACAGCUCAGGCCUCUGAUCAAAGAGUUCAGGCAGCUGCCGUUUCAGGGAAUCACUGCUCAGCUGGCUGGAGUGAAGCAAAGGCAGUGGUCCGAGGAGGCCUCCAUUGUUUUCCGGCACCACGUGGAGAAGAAGCCUAUGGUGGCCCAGCUGGAGGCCGUACAGGAAGCCACUAACCCAUGGGAGAGGAAGCUGACUGUCUUCCUAGUUGACACUUCCCAGGAAGAAAAGGACACCUGGGUGCAUGACAUCAUGGCUGAGUUUGCAGAUGAGCUGACCAACGAGCUGUAAACAAUAGAGGACCACUGA